AUGAGGGGCGAGAGACUGCUGGGUGCACUGCUGGCCCUGGCCAGCCUGUUGCAGGUGGCCCUUUCUCUGAAGAUCGCAGCCUUCAACAUCCGGACAUUUGGAGAGACCAAGAUGUCCAAUGCCACCCUCUCCAGCUACAUUGUACAGAUCCUGAGUCGCUACGACAUUGCCCUUGUCCAAGAGGUCAGAGACAGUCACCUGACGGCCGUGGGAAAGCUGCUGGACGAGCUCAAUCAGGACACACCAAACACCUAUCACUACGUGGUCAGUGAGCCACUGGGACGCAACAGCUACAAGGAGCGCUACCUCUUUGUGUACAGGCCCGACCAGGUAUCAGUCCUCGAUAGCUACUACUACGAUGAUGGCUGCGAGCCCUGUGGAAACGACACUUUCAGCAGAGAGCCUGCUGUGGUCAAGUUCUCCUCCCCGUUCACUGAGGUGAGGGAGUUUGCCAUUGUUCCCCUGCACGCGGCCCCAAUGGAUGCAGUGGCUGAGAUCGAUGCUCUGUAUGAUGUCUACCUGGAUGUCCAGCAGAAGUGGGGCAUGGAGGACAUCAUGUUGAUGGGCGAUUUCAACGCCGGCUGCAGUUAUGUGACACCCUCCCACUGGCCAUCCAUCCGCCUGCGUACCAACCCUGCCUUCCAGUGGCUGAUCCCUGACACCGCUGACACCACAGCUACAUCCACACACUGUGCCUAUGACAGGAUCGUGGUUGCGGGAAAUCUGCUCCAGGGUGCCGUUGUUUCCGACUCAGCUGCUCCCUUUGACUUCCAGGCUGCUUACGGCCUGAGCAGCCAACUGGCCCAAGCCAUCAGCGACCACUACCCAGUGGAGGUGAUGCUGAAAAGAGCCUGA